AUGCCCGAUCUCCUCCAUCAGCUUCACAAAGGCAUCUUCCAUGACCACCUGGUCAAGUGGUGUGUCAAGGUAGCAGGGGAAGCAGAAGUGGACAAGCAGUUCCACUGCAUGCCAGGAUAUCUGGGUCUUCGGCACUUCAAGAAUGGGAUAUUGCGUGUUUCGCAAUGGACAGGCACUGAACAUAAAGAAAUGCAGCGUGUGUUUGUCGGUCUUCUUGUGGGGGCAGUUCAACCACAAGUUCUGUGUACAGCAAGGGCGGCCAUUGAUUUCAUCUAUCUCGCUUGUCUGCAAGUACAGACCACAGCAUCCCUGAAUGCACUCCAAGACGCCCUGAAGACCUUCCAUGACAAUAAAGAUGUCUUCAUUUGGCAAGGCAUUCAAGAACAUUUUAACAUACCUAAACUCCACCAAAUGAUCCACUAUUUCGAGUCCAUCAAGUCGUGA